UACUCCAUGGCCUGAGGGUGGGCCUUGUAGUCCCAAAAUCAAAGUGGGAAGCCGCCAAUGAAAAUUAAGUACUAGUAGUAGAUUUUUUACUUUUUGGCCAGUAAUACUGGAAGUAGUUCAAACAACCGAAAAACCUAAUAGAAGGUUUUAUCAUCAUCAUAGGUUUUAAGUUUUGCAACUCUGCUAUACACCACCUCAGCUCUCAGCCUCAGACAGACUCUGCUCCAUCAAAUUUUCAUUUUCAUCUCACCAAAACCCAGAAAACUCUCCCUCUCACUUUUUGAGCGGAGGAAUAAAAAUCAUGUUGUUCUUUUCGUAUUUCAAGGACUUGGUGGGAAGAGAAGUUACGGUGGAGCUAAAGAAUGAUUUGGCAAUCAGAGGAACCCUUCAUUCCGUUGAUCAAUACCUCAAUAUCAAGCUCGAGAACACCAGGGUUGUCGAUCAAGACAAGAAUCCUCACAUGCUUUCAGUGAGGAACUGUUUUAUCAGAGGCUCGGUUGUGAGGUAUGUCCAGCUACCUCCUGAUGGAGUUGACAUUGAAUUGCUUCAUGAUGCCACAAGAAGAGAAGCUCGGGGAGGCUGAAAAGCAUUUGUUGACAAAUUCAGUUUACUUUAAUGGAACAUCUGAUUUGGAUACUUUUUGCUUCAAAUAGUUUCGGAAUUAAGCAAAAGAUAAUGACUAGCUAAUGAUCAUUGAUCCCUCUUUGCAUUGAUGUAGACAAAUUGAUGUUGGUUUGUGUAUCCACAAAUGUUAUUUUCUGAAAGAAUAUUUCCUUAUCGAAGAAGACGUGUACAAUGCUGGUAGCUAGUUAUGAUGCUGUGAAAUGUCGAUUGUUGGGUACGAAUU